AUUGAAUAUGCGACAUUGCUACCAUUAACAAGUGCUUGUUUGACACGAUCGAAUUUGCACAGGAUUAUGCCAAAAAAGUUCAAUUAAUGCUCGCAGGCGAACAUAAAAAAUGAAAUGAAAUGCAAAUUUGCACCCUAUAAAUCUGGAGAUUGAUUAUUUUACAAACACACAAUUAUAGCCCUUUUAAUCCAAUCUUUCCCUUCACUUUUUUCAUGGAUCUCCAAUUUCCCUCCUUCCCAAUCCUUCUCAGCUUCCUUGUCUUUGUGUUCAUGGUGUGGAACAUAUUGAAAAGAUCCUCAAAAGCCAUAAACUCUUCUUCGAAACUACCUCCCGGACCAUGGAAGCUGCCCAUCAUCGGGAAUUUGCAUCAACUUGUCAUGAGCUCUUUGCCCCAUCGAGCACUAAGAGACUUGGCCAGGAAAUAUGGACCCUUGAUGUACAUACGAAUCGGACAGGUUCCAACUAUAGUGGUUUCCUCGCCGGAGUUUGCGAAAGAGGUGAUGAGAACUCAUGAUGCCAUCUUUGCAUCAAGGCCCUCCAUUCUUGUUUCCAAGAUCGUGCUCUAUAAUUCUACAGACAUCGUCUUUUCCCCGAAUGGAGAGUAUUGGAGACAACUGCGAAAAAUAUGCACGCAGGAGCUCUUGAGUGCGGCGAGAGUUCAAUCUUUUCGAUCCAUUAGAGCAGAAGAGAUGUUUAAUCUCAUGGAAUGGAUUGCUUCAAAUGUUGGCUCCUCUGUCAAUCUCACUAAAAGAAUCUACUCCUCAACUUAUACCAUCACUGCACGAGCAGCUUUUGGUAAGAAAAGCGAAGAUCAAGAGGAGUUCAUAUCAAUCAUAGUGGAAACUACAAAGUUAGCAUCAGGUUUUGAUCUUGCAGACGUGUUUCCUUCCUUCAGUUUCCUUGAUCCUCUUAUCUUCGGCACAAGGGCUAAACUCGAGAAGCUGCACGAAAAGGCUGACAGGAUUGUUGAGAACAUCAUCAAGGAACAUGACAAGAGGAAGCCAGCAAUGAAAAGUGGUGAAGGUGAAACUGUCACAGAGGAUCUGGUAGAUGUUCUUCUAAAGUUUCAUAACAACAAUCUUGGGUUUUCCAUAACAACCGAAAAUAUUAAAGCAAUAGUCAUGGACAUCUUUUCGGCUGGCUCUGAGACAUCGGCAACCGCUUUGGAUUGGGCAAUGGCAGAGCUUAUGAACAAUCCAAGAGUCAUGAAGAAAGCACAAACUGAGGUGAGAGAAGUCUUUUAUAGAAAAGGGUUUGUUGAUGAAACAGCCAUUGUGGAGAUGACGUAUUUAAAAUCGGUUGUCAAAGAGACGCUUAGGUUACAUCCCUCAGCGCCGCUGUUGCUGCCAAGAGAAUGUGGAGAGACGUGUGAGAUUAAGGGUUUUGAGAUACCGGUGAAAACAAGAGUCAUGGUUAAUGCUUGGGCAAUUGGAAGAGAUCCUGAAUAUUGGACCGAACCCGAGAGUUUUAUACCAGAGAGGUUUUUUGAUAGCCCAAUUGACUUCAAAGGAACAAAUUUUGAGUAUAUCCCAUUCGGGGCUGGGAGGAGAAUAUGUCCGGGCAUGUUGUUCGCUCUGAUUAAUAUCGAGCUUCCCCUUGCAAUGCUGCUUUACCAUUUUGAUUGGAAGAUCCCCACUGGAAUGAAAAAUGAAGACCUAAACAUGACCGAGUCGUUCGGCUCAACAGUUCGUAGAAAAGAUGAUUUGCAAUUGAUUCCUAUUGCUUAUGAUCUGUCAUUUAUUGGAAAGGCCACUGGGAAAAUCAAGUAACUCGUUUCUUAUUCUUAAAGUAGCGGUUGUUUGUUUGCAUCACCCCUUUUUAUCAUAUAUUCUUAGGAAACUGAAAAAACCACUAGCAUACUCGGAGGAUUAUGUGUUAUAUAUUUUCUGUACUUACAAAUGGUAAAGGUUAUUUUGCCGUAGAGAAAAGGAAAGUUGUGUAUGAAGUCCAAAAUAAUUUCCCAGAGAAAA